GUUUGGUUUUCUUUGUCGAAUCCGGGGAAUCGACUCUUGACCAGGUCAUGCUGGUUUACUUAAACACGCCCAAGCGCUCGAGUUCAUCGUCAACCACAUCCAUCUAUACUGCCAUAUUCAAUACCUCUACCUUCUUAACAUCAACUUUGCAGCACAGCAGGAAAUCACCAACACGAUGGUCCCUCUCCGCUUGGCAGAACGCCUGAAGGCCACCGGCUACGACGACAAGAUCGAGCCAGUUCAAGACCUGGGCGGCAGAACUAUCGUCAGAGUCAACGACACGGAGGUCGUCGUCAGCUCCGCGACGCAGAAGCCAAACCGCUCUCUGUGGGUGGCAUGGAUGUACAUCUUUGACUGGUACCCGAGCCAUUACUCCAAAGAGGAGAAGCAUCUGGUCAAGAAGCUGGACCGCGUUUUGCUUACGCUGUGCUGCCUUUGCUUCUACAUCAAGUGGCUCGACCAGAAUGCCCUGAACAGUGCGUACUGGUCGGGUAUGAGGGAAGAGUUGGAGAUCAAGGGCAAUGAGUAUUCUCUGUUCGGCACCUUCUACAACAUCGGCUACAUGGUCUUCGAAAUCCCCAGUAUGAUGAUCAUCUCACGACCUCAGUUCGCCCGCUAUUAUGUUCCAACGAUGGAAACCCUUUGGUCCAUUCUGACCUUUACUCAGUCCACUCUGAACAGUGUUUCGCAAAUCUAUGGUACCCGGUUCUUACUUGGUUUUCUCGAGACACCAGCGGCCACCGGGUCCAUCUACCUACUUACAUCUUGGUAUCGAUCUGAUGAAGUCUUCAAACGUGCCGGCGUCUGGUACGUCUCGAGCAAUAUGGGUGCCAUGUUCUCAGGGUAUCUGCAGGCCGCUGUACACGUUGGUUUAAACGGAACGCACGGCAUGUCUGGUUGGAGAUGGCUGUUCAUCAUAGACGGCUGCAUCAGCAUCAGCAUCGCCAUCGCCGGAUUUUUCCUAUAUCCCGGCCUCCCCACCACGCAGCCUAGAGUCUGGUGGUUAACCGAAGAGGAACGCAUACUUGCAGUCGCAAGAAUGCAGAGCCAAGGCACCAAGCAGAGCUCGAAGAUCGGGAAGCGCAUGCUGAAGCGUGUCUUCACACACUGGCACUUCUACGUCGCCGUUCUCACCUACGUCUUCUUUCAGUGCACUUCCUACGUUGGAGGGCAGAUGCAGGCGUGGCUCAAGAAGGAAGCGGACAUGAACGGCACCUACACCAUUGAGGAGAUCAACCUCAUCCCUACCGGCGUCCAGGGCCUCGCUAUUGUGUCAGGCAUCCUGAUCACCAGUCUUGUCAUGAUCUACCCGAUGUGGAUCAUCUUCUCCUGCGUUACCUCGGUUCUGCUUUUCUCUAACGUCUGUUUACGCAUUUGGAACAUCCCACUCGGUCUGCACUUCACGUGCUACUAUCUACUCGGUCUCACCUCUUGCAUGACUCCUAUACUUUUCCCUUGGAUUCAAAUGAUCAUGAAAGACGACAAUGAGGCACGUAGCUUCACGACUGGUGCCAUGAUGACCAUCGGCUGGGCAUUCUUCAGCUUCUAUCCCAUCACCGUUUUUCCCAUCCUGGAAGCGCCCCGCUGGAGCAAGGGGUACACGGUGAAUAUAGUAUUCAUCAUUUGUUACUGGACAAUCUUCAUGAUCGGGCAAUAUCUCUGGCGCCGGGAGGAGCAGACCAAGAAGUUCGACAUCAACCAACAUGGGAACUCCGAUGCGGACGAGUUUGUCAAGCCGGAGGCAAUCGAAGUAGAGAUUGACGAUGAGAAGAUGAAGAAGGAAACAAAAGCCUAAAGGGAAUAUGUCCUGGGGAACGGUAUCCGGUGCUCCGGAGCGGAGCGGAGCGGCACGGCUGUAGUGGGACCGGGCCGGAACGGAGCGACCGCCGCUCUGGAUUGUCAGAAACCGUUCUGGGUCGGUUCUUUUCCAGAUUUGCCAGGACUUCGUGAAUUAUUGCGAUUCUAUUAUUAGUUUCAUUGAACUCUGUCAGACUUUCUUUUGCGGAAAGAUGUUGAAGGAUGUUUCCUUAUUUUGCCCUGAGUGAGGACCUAAGUCAAACGAUUCCCCAUCGCCCAUCAGCCUUAGCAUGCUUCAGUCACAUAGUUGACAAGUCGAUGAGAG